AUGGUGAAGAGGAGUCUUCUCAGCGAAAGCAGCGUCACCAGUCAGAUUCUUCACGAUGCGAACAAACGACACUCGCUGCAUGCUAAGCAGGCCUACAAACGCUAUGUCAAUCAAAUCUGCGAGGGUGUAACCAAUCACGUGCUUGAUUACCUGCCCAGUGUUACUGGGCUACCGAGAAGCGUCUUCCUUAGUCGUUUGGCAGCCGUAGGAACCUACGUCAGCACCAAGAAGGAGCACAUUCUCAGUCGAAUUGAGAGUAUUCUCCAGAUGUUGAGCGACUUCUCCGGUGAAGAAGGCAGCAAGAGACGAACUAUGGCCGGUGUUACAGAGAAGGCCCACGGUAUGCGGACCAUUCGCGAGAUUGCUAAUACGCCGGAAAAGUUCACCAUCCUGUCUGAGUGGAUGCAGAAACACUCUCAGGAGGUGAUCAGUGCCCUUGUCUACUGUCUAAACCUGGAGCACGAGGAGCUGGCUGAAGAGGCCUGCUUUACGGCGGCAUUUAUAGCACGCAAAUUCCGCCUUGGCAUGCAGGGUGGAAUUGAGUCCUUGAUUGCCGGGCUCAUCCGAACCAUGGCCAUUGCUAUGGUACCGAGGGAGAACCACAUCGAUGCCUACCGCGAGGCUCGCGAACGACACAAUGACCUGGAACUCAUCCGAGGCAAACCCAUGGCUUUCCACUUCCCUCGACAGACCUACGACUUCGCCGAAGUGCACCAUCGACUGAUCGGUGUGGUCUACUACACCAUUGCGGACAUCUUGAACAGCGUACCGUUGCCCAAACUCUACCACUUCUACGAGUGCCGCAUCUUCCGUCGAAAGGAGAUGACUCGUACCCUGCUCUUUCAAAUCCUCUACGUCCUGACUCUUUGUCUGCCCGAGUUGAAGGAGGAGGCGAAGCUUAUUGACCGACGCGAGGUGCCGGAGGGCGACAAGGGUGCCGCCGCCGUAGAGGAACUGCGACGCGCCAAAGUGGCCCAGGAGUGGGACGAUCUGCCAGCUCUGCUCUACACAGAAAUUCUGCGAGCUUACGAGGACAACAAUCUGAAGAACAAGGACCUAAUUCUGGACAUUAUGGAGUUCUGCAGGCUUAAUGCCCCUGUCAGACUGCCUAUUUUCGAGGCGGACGCUAUCACGGCCCUGGAGCUGUAUAAUGCGCGGACCGGUGGCUUGAAGACGGACGCGAGCGUCACUGACAAGCCUACUUCUACUGGCGGCGGUGGUGGUGGUGGUGGGGCCACCGCUGCUGCUGCUGCUGCUACUGUUGGCGGAACGUCGGCUGCGUCAGGCGCGGCCCCUGCAGCUCCCAAACGUCUGUCCAUCGUCGUGCAGCCGAAUCUAUUAAAGGACCCCAAUGCAGUUCCCUCCACGGAGGGAGAGGCUGAGGAUGAUUCCUUCAGCUACAACAGCGAAAUGAGUACACAGCUGGAGCUUGUGAGGAAGAGCCAAGUGCCUGAUAGACUGCCCAGCAUCCUGAACUUUACUCCUACGUCCUCUACGGAGGAGAUCUAG